GACGUUCCCGACAACGUUCCCGAGCCUCGUUUCUGACGUUACUAUGAGCGUGUAAACUCUCUCCUUCUUUCUUUUUAUCAGUCAAGAACGAGAAAGAUGAAGUGAGAGAAGAGAGUGUAGAGGGCCGACGGUAAUUUCUACGGAAGAUUGGUUGCAUAGUGGCGAUGCCACGGCGAUAUACGUCGUCUACUUGUUGUCGUCGACGUGCUGUGUCGUGAUAGUAGUAGUAGUGGUGAUGGUGGUGGUAGUAGUAGGUGAUCGUAGCGGUAGUAGUGCAAGGGUGGCGCACAUUGGGGUGAUACCACGCAGGAGUGUAUCUCCCUCGUGCAAAAACGAAGAGGAGCGAGAAGGACAACGCGUACGCGUAUACGUGCAGGCAAGAGGGCGACAAGACAAGCGAGUAGAGGUUGUGAAGGGCAGAAGAAGCGAGAAGAUGAGAGAGAGAGAAAGGGAACAGGCACGGUCGCACAUGCGCCAGCGCUCGGCAUCGACCCGAUGUCUAGGCAACACCUGGCAGCACCCCACGUGCCGCGUUAGGGUGGCACCAGCGCCACCCCGCGCUGCACGUCGCGCGUGCGAUCCAUCCCGGUAUCGAAUAUCCCACUGGCCUCCCCCCGACUGUGUUCCGUCUACUGACCCACGCCAACGGAGAGAGUUAAACUUGGAAUACGGUGGCACAAGCCAGCGUUCAAGGUUUCGGCUGCUGAGUGAACCAAACUUCAGGUCCAAGGUGAAUCAUCCCUGAGAUACUCGGCGCUAUCCAGAAGAGAGUUUUGGGGGAAAAGAGAUGAAUACAAAAGGAACAAGAAUUCGGGAAAGAAACGGGUUUGUAAGUUCUGUGCACACACACACACACACACACAAACGUUAUUAUUAACGUCAUCUAUUACUUAUUCGUUAAUUGCUAUUGCUACAAUAUUCAUAUGUCAUUUACACCUCAUUUACAUCUCGUCGGUUACAUUAAAAUAAACAUAGAAAAAAGGAACUAUGUUAAGUAACAGGUCUGCAUCGUCAGUCAUAUUUAUAUUAACAUUCAGAAUGGCAACCAGGGUCAGUUUUGUCUUCAAAGAAGUGCUCGUUUCUGUAAGCAUUUCUGCUUAGAAAUAAAUAAAAAUAAAACAUGUAAUAAUUUAUUUUUCGCAAAAAAAUAUAUAUAGUCCCCAACUAGAAGGAUAAAGAAACUUUUAUUAAUUUUGAGGGAUUUUUUCAAACAUCCUAAAAAGAGAACAAUUGAAGAAAACACAAAUGAUUGCCGCUUUGAAGAUAGCAAAAAUAUGUUGUUUCUCGGACCGUUAAUAAAACAUAACAACAUCGGACAUAUUAAUUCAAAUCAAAUUUCGCGUUAAAUGGAGCUAAUGAGAUUAAUGGGUUAUCGGCGUUUUCGUUUCAUCAGCUGUUACGGCGCAACUUGGGACAACGUAAUCUUAGCAAGGAAAGCAUUCUAUUUUCUUCGUGGGAAUGAAAUCCAUACCACUCAAGUGGUGUGACGUAUUCGACUUUUACCCUUCUCAGCGUUUCUCAGCGUUUUUCGGUGUUUCCAAUGAUAACACUUGUAUAGAUGAGAAUGAAACAGCCUGUAUAAUCCGUACCGUGUGCGCGCACGCGUGUGAGACGAUACAUUAUAUAUUUACGUACGUGUCAUUUCGCUACACUCGAAACGACGGCCCGAAAUCGUCCCUUGCUUAAUGGAACUCCCCUUAACAAAAUGGUAACCACUCGAGUGAAAUUGGAAUGUAUCGUACAUUAUUGUACAAGCGCAUCCAGGCUUUUUCCAAGAGUCCGUACGCUCCGCAGGGCCGAUCUUGAGCGAAAUGGUAUUCUGUAUCCACUUAUCGUCACAUCGUUCUUUUCCUGUAAAUUUUUAUUAUAAAAAUAUACCUUUAUUUUAUUAUCUUACGAAGAAACAUUAUUUUCAAGUAAGAUUUUCUUAUCUUCAGAAUUCAAGAAGAUAAAACAAAAAGAAAAUACGAACAUUUUUUUGGUUUAAAAAAUUUAAAACCAAGUAUUAAAUUAAUAUUAAAAACUUGUAAACUCAAUGAAUGAUCAAAUAGUUUCGUUUAAAGUAAAGACAGUUUUAUAUCACCCUCAAUCAAACGAUGUUCUCUCCUCACGGACCUGUGGUCCUAAAUUCAGGAUUGGCUGUCUGUUUCGUUAUUAUUCGUUUGGGUUGCUCUCCAUACGACUCGAACACAUCGCUUCGCCGACCAUCAGCCGUUGCUCGGCAACCUCUGACUCGCGACGCGUCGUUAUACGAUGGCGGCGGGGGUGGAUAACCGGCUCGGAGUUCCACCCCCCUCUCUGUGUCUCUCUCUCCCUCUCUCUUAUUCCAUUUCCCUCCGUUUCUCUCUUCCCUUUGGUUGCCCGCUGGGGCCAAGUUGAGUGGCACUCGUUGACCAAACGGUCAUUACGACAAAUGUUAGUUAUGCCUUGACGACGCCGUCAGACACUACGACAACGAGCUAGUGCGAGCAGUCGGUUAUACCAUGAACCAUCGUAACCACCCUUCGGUGAAUAGCGUUGUUGGCACCCACCUAUCUACUUAUCACAUGCAAUUGCAUUUAUGGGGAUAAUGCUACCUCUAUUUCAUGCAUGUUUCACGUAUCUUUUAAUUGGAAAAUUGUAUAUAGCCGAUGUUAAGAACGGUUGCGACAUUUUUUGCUUAGAAAGCGUACAUUCGCGAUAAGUUUUUUGCGAUAUAUGCGAAUUUUAGGAUAUUCAAGAGAUUUGUUAUUCUCUUUAUCCUCACGAUUAUAGAUUAACGAUGCAAGAAACUUGCCACAUAAUUUUAUUCUAGACAUGAUUAUUGUAAUCCGACUAUUCUUACCUCUUAUAUGUAUCUUUAAACUUUAUAUAAUCGUCAGCUAUGCCGCGUAGAUUAAGACAGAAGUCGUCAAGAGUCGUAUCUGAUCUCAUUAAUUACUACGUCGCUGUCACGAUCUCUCGCGCAAUCUCGUAUUCUGGGGCGAUUAGUAACGUCCUCCGUAAAUUCACAGAACGCGUUGCGAAUUUAUCCGUAUCACCUAUGCUUACGCCGCAACAGCACGCAUGUGCAAGGAAGAAACUGCAGGCAGGACGAUAAGAUGAGAGUAGGAGCAGGAGAGAGCGCGGAGAACAUUACGUCCUCGACAAACAACACUCGUUUUGCGAUAAAGAAAUCUUAUCGGAGAUAUCCGGAAAGAGAAAUUGCUGCUAAAUUAUGGAGAAAGUGUUUCCGAUAAUUGUCAACACAACCAGAUACCAAUGUAAGUUAGAGAUGUAACUAAUGUAAUAGAGAUAAUGGAACAGUGAUUCAGUGAAAAAAUAAAGUAUAAUAAUAGUAUAGUAAUAGUAU